AUGAAUAUAACAGUUGCAAGACAUUUCAUUUGUUUACCGAAUCUGAAAUAUUUAGAUUUGUCUCAAAAUUACAUAGACAAGAUUGACAAUUUUGCUUUUCAAGGAUUGCAAAGAUUGCAAGUCUUAAACCUCAAAAGCAAUAAGAUUUCACACAUUCAAAGUCAUUUUUUUUCAGAGUUGUAUGACUUAAAAUGUCUUAUAAUUGAAGAAAAUUCCUUGACCAAUAUUGAAGAACUCUCCUUCACACAUCUAGUGUCCCUUCAACAACUCUCUUUGGGAAUCUUACAACUCAAAGAUUAUCAAUCAAAGGUAGAACUGAAUUUAACUUACCUAUUCAACAGCAUUCCAAGUGGAUUAACAAAUUUAAGUAUCAGUUCUGGAGUGCGGCCUCUCCAUGUAAUUAUUGGCAGUGACAGCAAACCACAAGCAAACCUCACCCUCAGCCUUCAUGUCAUGUUUCACAACCUGACUAAGUUGGAAGUGCUACACUUGUAUGACUGUCGAAUUGAUUCCUUGGAGCAAGGACUGACAAAAGACCUCAAAUCAUUGACUAAGUUAUUUUUACGUAUUGAAAAUACUUUCAACAUGAUGGAAAGCUUUACUGAACACACAAUGCAGCUAAAGUAUCUGUACUUUUAUGAUUCAAAACUGUAUUGUCAUUGUGACAAUGCUUGGCUCAUUCAGUGGGCAAAAGAACAGAGGAAAAGAGAACUUAUAAUGGCCACUUCUUUGGACAUACUGAUAUGUGAAAGUGACAAUAAUGACUUGAACUUUGUUACAUAUGUUCAACACAACUGCUCCACAGAAGUGGAGUUUGUACUGUUUGUGUCGUCAGCGUUUGGGCUGUUCUUUUUCAUCCUGGUUGUGCUGGUUCACCGCCUGGCCAGUGCGUACCUCCUUGCUCUCUUUUAUAUCGCCCGUGGCUGGCUGGAUGAGGCUUUCCAUCGUGGAGCUGGGACACAGUACCGCUAUGACGCUUUCGUAUCCUACUGUGGAAAGGAUGAGCGUUGGGUGUUUGAGGAGCUGCUGCCCAACCUGGAGGAGCGAGGCCCCCCUUUCCUGCGCCUCUGCCUGCACAAUCGAGAUUUCCAGCUGGGGAAAGACAUCGUGGACAACAUCACAGACAGCCUCUACAGCAGCCGCAGGACCCUGUGCCUGGUCAGCCGACACUACCUCCACAGCAACUGGUGCUCCCUGGAGCUGAGGCUGGCCACCUACCGCCUGCUGGUGGAACGCAAGGACAUUCUGAUCCUGGUUUUCCUGGAGAAAAUUCCCCCUUUCCAGCUGUCAGCCCACCAUAGGAUGGCAAGACUGGUGAAAACCCGGACUUACCUAGACUGGCCACAGGACCCAGAUCAGCGUGUAAUGUUCUGGGACAGGCUUAGAGCCAAACUUGCACCUUCAGGAGCUGUACAGCACACCCUGGAGUCACCCCCUUUGCCUGCUCUUCCCGCUGUAAGCCCCACGGGAAGCUUGGCCCAUCCCUGCCGAAGGAUAGCGCCCCCCACAGGCUCCACGUCGUCGUGCUGCCGGGUGAGACGACGCCGCCUCCACGAUCUGAUCCCUCGCUACCCCUACAACUCCUGUGAAUGCGAAGAGGGAACUGAGAAACCAGCACAGCCACCCCUGGUCACAGACACACACGCCUCAUGCAGGACUGAAUGCAACACAUUCCUUGCGGCGGCUGACGUUUUUACCACCCCAACCCGUUGCCUUGUAAAAGGCUGA